AUGCUUCCCUCAGACGUGUCCGACGACGACGUCGAGACCCUGCGUAGCAUCGUCGGCGACGAUCUCCCAGAGUCGACGCUGCGCGCGCUGCUCCUGCGGUACGAUGCUGAAGGUACAUGCGGCGUUUUGGGCGACAACAGCGCUGCGACCGCGAAGUGGCGGUGGACAUGCUCCCAUGUUGCCGACGCGGCGCCGGAGUGGCCGGCGCUGCUCGCCGCGACCACGACGGCUACUCUGAUACUCCGGGCCGACCCGUCCUACCCGACGGUGGCACUCUUCCACGUCUCGCUCACGCUGAGAAAAAUUCUGAAACGGCGUGCAGCAGAGUCACCGACGAGUCGGACGCUGUCGACCCUCUACCUGAAAACCCCCCAAGCCCAACCCAGAGUAAUAUGCCUUAAUAGAUAA